AUGCUUCGUGAGGGAAAGUUAAUUGCUCAGGUGGAUUUGGAGGAAAUUGAAGUUGAAGCUUAUUUUUGGAGUUUAGCUUUGGUGUGUGUUGUUUUGGGUGCUAACCCCCCAUUUUCAGUGUUUGAAGGUUUCAUUAAGAGGUUAUGGGGCAAGCUGGGCAUUGAGAGGAUAGCUAGAAUGAAUGCGGGUUAUACAAUUGUCAAAUUUUGGGAUGAAGCCACGAGAGAUCUGGUAUUGGAGACUGGGGUUGUUCAUUUCGACAGGAAACCUAUCAUUCUACGCCCAUGGUCGACUGAUUUGGAUACUCUAAAACUAGUCAAAUCUGUGCCGGUUUGGAUUCGGUUGCCUGACCUUGGUUUGCAAUAUUGGGGAGUUAAAUGUUUGAGUGCUCUAGUCAGUACAAUUGGUAAGCCUAUAUUGAUUGAUAAAGUCACUAAAGACAGAUCUAUGGUGAAAUUUGCUAGGGUAUUAGUAGAUAUGGAAAUCUCUGAAAACUUUCCCAAAACAAUUAGUUUUCUCAAUGAGCGGGGCCAACUGAUGGACCAGAUAAUAGAGUAUGAAUGGCAGCCCACUCAAUGCUCCUGUUGCAAAGCUUUAGGCCAUUAUGUUGCCUUUUGCAAGAGGAAACAAGAAGGUGUUUGGCGAAAAAAAGAAGUGAUACAAGGGCCUGUAAACUCGGAUGAAACUCCAAUUGCUGCAGUAGAAACUCUUGAUAAGUCUGGAACAAAAGAGACUUCAAAUUCUGAUACUGUUAUUUCGGUUAAGAAAAAUGGUCCUGAUAUUGAGGAGGUUGUUACAAGAUCAAGCAGUGGAGGUAACAAAACUGGGAUUGACUUCUACCAACAUACUCAAUGGAGGGUAGGCAUAGGAGCUUUUCUUGAAACUAAGCUUCGAGGUAAUAAAGUUGAGGAGUUUAUGAUGAGUGUUUUUCGUGGUUGGGAGUACUAUACCAGCUCGGUCUGUGAGGGUAGAUUGUUGCUGGUUUGGCAUCCUGGGUUUGUUUCUAUAAAUAUUCUUCAAAUCAAUCUUCAAUUUAUUCACAGCCAAGUGACUUUUAAGGAUAGCAGUCAGCCGUGGCUUAUGGCUGGUGACUUUAAUGCAGUGUUUGAUUAUGAUGAUCGAAUUGGAGGGCGUACUAUUACUGAGUUUGAAAUGACUGAUGCUCAACAGUGGAGAGCUCUUGGUUUGGCGGAUGAGAUGCGAUCCAUUGGUUCUCGCUACACUUGGACUAAUAAUCAGGAGGCUGGGGCCAGAAUAUUUUCUAAAGUGGACAGGGUGUUUAAGAAUGAAGCUUGGAUGGACAUGUUUCCUAAUUCUGAAGCUUUAACUAAUUGGGAUUCAAUUUCUGAUCACUGGUAUUGUCUUAUUAAAUCUGCUGCUACUGAGUUGUUGGGAGUGAAACCUUUCAGAUUUUAUAACAUGUGGACCGAGCAUAAGGAUUUCCGAAGUGUAGUGUUGAGCAGCUGGUACAAACCUUUACAUGCUCCAGGAUUGUUCUGUAUUAAGAGGAAACUAGAUAGACUUAAGCAUGUGUUACGUAAGUUCAAUAAAGAGGCGAUUGGAGAUGUGACGAUUAAUUUCUCAGCUGCUAAAGAUUAG